AAAUAUCAAGCACUCGGUCAAAUGCUUGUCACAAAUCAAUGGCUCGAUAAACUCGCUGCCACACGAGUCGACUUCACUAGCCAUGGGAUGUUAAAUGGAACUUGCCUUUCAGCAGCCCUUGAAGCCCUUUGUAAUAUAUUCCCUCGUUUUUGUGUGUCAAUGAAUGAUUUGAUUUUGCAUGUAGAGAUGAAGCAUGCACACACCGUUUUGGCUCUUGCUGAAGAGCUGAAUAUCCCCCAUCUACCUGAGAUGAUCCACUGCUUUCUCUUCCAACAGACAUGUCCAGAUGAUCCACAAGAUGUGUCAGAAAUUCCUAUCACAGGAUGCCCUCGAUAUGAGGGCAAAAUAUCAGUAUUCAACUUUGCAUGCUCUCAGUUCUAUGCCCCAAGCGACCUAAGUGGGAUUGGUGGAAUG